AUGAUGCUCACCAACUUCAACGUCUUGAGCGUCGCCGCCUGUGCUGCCGCCUAUCUGGCCAUGCCGGUUGCUGCUCGCACAUGGGCCGGCAGCGUCGACAUGGAGCAAGCCUGCAGCGAGCAGUACGGCGGUGGAUGGACAGCCAAGCUUAGCGGAAGCAGUGGCAAUGACUGGGCCUGCGUCGAUGGGAGCGGCAGCUCCAAGUCCAUCAACGUGGACGCGUACUGCUCCCAGACUUAUGGCAAUGCGGCCUACGCGGACCCUCAGGGAGGCGGCGCCUAUGACUGGGGCUGCUACUGGCGAUAG